GGCUCCCGAGAGCGGCUGGACGAGCGGCGGUGGGCAAAUGCGGCCACCAACGCCGCCCUCAGGCCCCACCACGGCCCCAGGGCGCGAAGGCGACGCCCAAGGCCUGAGGAAGCGAAGCCUCCCGCUGACGCCAGAGCCGGACGAGGUGGGAGGCUGCAGCCUUGAGGCCAGGGGGCGCGAGGAGGAGAACAGGCAGAAGAGGAGAGUGGUGGCCCAGGCUCCCGGGAGAAAGGAGACAGAAGGUGACAAGUUGGGUGAGACAUCCGCCGCCUGGAAGGCAGUGAGCGGAGGGGCCGGGGACCCGGUGGGCCUUCCUUGCAGAGGAGCAACAAAGGAGGUGGAGCUCCCUUUUCACCCCAGAAGACACACCAAAGAGAAAGGAAAAGUUACUGAAGCCCCAAGUGAUGAUCCACAGCCAGGGACUGACCUGGUAAGAAAGGCGUCAUUAACCAGUUCGGAGUCAUUACAAACAGUGGAGUGCAGUGAAUUUCAGACUAUGGCUUUGUUACAGUCUUUGGCUAAGGAAGAUUUGGUAGACGAUAUUAAAAGAAGGAUUCGAAUUAAGAAAUGUAAAAGUUUAGAAAAUCCGUCUCUCAAAAUAACUAAGGACGAGGCAAUACAAAAUAUUAAGGUUGAAUUCCAAGAUGAACUGUACAAGAAUACUCCGAAAUACUCUUGUAACAGCUUGUCACCUGGAGUAGAAAAAUGUUGCAGUUUCGAAUCACCUGAUCACUGUUUCCUCCAUUCUGAGGGUUUUGAUAAUGAAAACAACUUUGAGCAUGAACCUCAAGGUGUAUGGGUGCACAUAGCAGAGAACACUUCGAAGUUAAAGAGAGAAAACCUUAGGCAUCCCGCAGAGAAGACUGAUAAACUGUCAAAAACGGAAGGAAAUGUAACAGGCAGUAAAUUACUGCUUGGAGAAAGUCGUUCAUACCAAAAUAAAAACAAUGGCUUGAUUUCUUGUCUUCAAAGUGAAAAAAACAAAUAUUUGGUAGAGGAGAGCAGUGCUGGGAGAAAACACAGAAAAAAGAUGAAAUUGUCUGAAAAAGAAGAAAAAAUUAUUGAUCUUAAUUUCUCUAAUGUGUAUAACAAUUCAGAGUUGGUGUUACAAGAAAACCCAAUGGGUGUGGAAGGGAAAGAAACAGAGACCUUUGAGCCUAAAAAGAGUUUCCUAAAAGCUCUAAGAAAAAUAAACCAUAAUACGCUCUCUCCAGUGGACCAUUUAUGUCUCCCAGAAACAGUAGAGAAAACAAGUCCCAGACAUCAAGUGAAUGCUGUGUUUCAGAAAGCCCUUGAAUCACGUUUGAAAGAGGAUAUAAAAAUUACUUCAGAGUUCUUGGGAUGCAAAAGUAUGGAUCCAGAAGAAUAUUUUAAAUCAGUGAUAAGCUCUUCGGCAAGAUCAGCCAGUGAUAGUCAUCGUAUGGGGAAAAGAUACCCGUGGGGAGAUUUGAGAAAUGAGAGUGACGAGUCAAAGGUGAGCUGUCGCAGAGUUACACCAAUGACCGGUAAAAGGACUUGGCCUUUUUAUUCUUGUGCUAGAAUAACAGCCCAGUGUUGGAAAAAGACUCCCCUGUCAGGUUUCAAUUUCUCACUUCCAGGGUCUCUGGAAAAUGGUAGGCAACAUGAGUCUAUCAUACACCAAACAAAUCAAAGUCGCUUAACUGACUCCAAGCUGUUACAGCAACCCUUAACAGAAAGAACCAUUGAGUCCUCAAGUAAAGAAAUGUAUGAUUCUGAUUUAAACUGUUUGUCUUCAGUAGAACCUACUUUGAUGGUUGUAAAGGAAGCUGUACCCAGUGAUAAAAAGAUAGAGGAACCCAGAAAUGGGAUAGAGGUAGUUUCUAAUGCUGCUGAAGACACCCAGUUAACUAAUGUAACUCAAAGCUUAACAGGAAAUAAGAAAAAGAGAGGGAAUUUAUCAAAACUUAAUUUGACAAUGGCAUCCCAAGAGAGCCAGGAAACAAAUAACAUUGCAAACAAAGCUAUUCAUCGAAAAGCUUGCAUUACUAAGCAAACACUUGUGACUCCAGAUUUGGUUAAAAUAUUAAACACAGGACGGCUGACUAAUUUUAAAAUCCCUUUACUAAAGAACAAGACAGGAAAAAGAAAAGAAGUACAUGCCAGGUCAUGUGAGAGAGUUGCUUACAGUCCCCUAGAGCUACUCGACAGUUUGUCUGGAGUAGAAGCAAAACAAAGCAGAAAUAAGGAAAAUAUCUGCGCAGCAACUUCAGGACCUCAGUCUUUGAAUAUACCGAAGAGCGUAACUCCAGGGCAAGCUAUUUCUCACUCGUUCUACAAUAAGAAUUCCUGCACUUCUCCAGGCUUUGCAAAGAAAUGUUAUGAUAAUAAAGCAUAUAAUCAUGUCUCUGAACCUGGCAAUAUUAUUUCUAACAAGGAGUCUAUGUCUCUUAAACUUGAAAAUAAUACUUUUUCUUGUGAUCUUGGGUAUAUUGAGCAAAGUUCAUUCUGCUCUAAGGAACAAGAAGCAUUUGUGCCAAUUCCUUCUGAAGUGAGUGGUAGGAAAAUGACUAAAAGCAUUUCAGAACUCAGAUUGGGGUUUCCAGAUAUUCUUAAGGCAUAUGAAGAUGAUGUCCUCUUAAUUGAUGUAAUUCAAGAUGACCCGGAGCUCUUCGGAAUCACCAGUGAAGGGGAGCUCUCAUUUGCUUCAGAUGUCUCCAAGAUAAGCCAGGAGCCCAGUGUAUCUGAAGAGCACCCACCAGCAGACUUUAACCACAUGCAACUUCCAGGGAAAAAAGAAGCAGGUGAUUUGAGCAAAGAAAUUGCCUUGCUGGACCCUGGAUUGCAGAAACUGGACAUCUGUCCCUCCUUAUCAUCAGCAAAGGAGCCGCAGCAUGACCCUAAAGGUGCAGCCAUCUCCCUGGAAGCCACUGAGGAAACUGUUGUAAGUGAAAACCUGGGAGUCCUCAGUGAACAAGCGAGAGCUUCCGACUCGGAUGCAAAGCGCAGCACUUCAGACAAGGCAGCAGGUAAAGAAGAACGAGAGAGUCCUCAGGAGGUUUGCAGCAAAGAUUCUAAAGGUGCAGAAGUUGUGGUUAAUGAAGGUCAGUUAUCAGUCAUGGGCCCCAAACCUUUCUGCUCAUCAGUGCUUCCUUUGAAUCUAAGCAGUCAUCGGGAAGAUGCAGUGCCUGCACCCUGGAUGAAUGAUUUCAGAUUUCCAGGAAGACCUGUCUUACAGCUGCAGAACCCUGAAACUUGUGAAAUAUUUAAAAGAGAAAAAAAUAUGGGGGUGUUCCAGAAACCCUUAGGGUUGGUGAUACCCCACAGAUACUGCAGGUUCCACUUCAACACAUUACGUGGCUGUGAGCGAGCACAGUGCAAGUUUGUCCAUGUGCCUGAGCAGGGGGACGAAAAGAUCUGCACGGAUGUGUUUAAGAAAUACAUAAAUCUCAAUGAGAAGUGUUUGCUACAGCGAGCAGCGCACGUAUUUCUGGAGUACUACAGGAAGUUCCCUCCGGGGAUCCACUUCAGUUUACAAGUGCUGAAUGACCUUCUGAUUUCUUUGCUCGAGCAUCACCUACUGAAAGAGGUCUUUGAGGUAGUGAAGCUGAGCAUCAUGGCUAAAAUGCUGCCUGCUCUGAAAAUAUUACUAAAAAUAUUUGAAUUUGUGGCAGCUAUGAAGUUAAGGAAUGCUGUGCCUACUAUAAUUGAGAUUUUUUGCAAGUUCCUUGAAGCUGGGAUGGUACCUGACUCAAAACACUUGAACUAUAUUGUCAAGCUGUUAUACCAAACACAGGCAUCCCCACAAGAAAUAGCUGCAGUUCUAGAAGCCAAAUCAAGGUUACAAGUGAGGCAGCUGACAAAGAACUGGAAGUGUGACUUAGACUCAGCCUUGAGUGAAGUGGAGACUUGUAAAGAAAAAGGUGACUGGACCAAAUUGGGAAACCUGUACAUUAGCAUAAAAAUGGGCUGUGAAGAAUUUGCAGAUUUCCAGCGAUUCUGUGCUUGUAUUGCUGAAACGCUCACAAGAGAUUAUGAAGAAGAAAGGCCAGGUGUUCCUUUUUGUGAAUUUGCUGAAACAGUUAGCAAAGAUCCACAGUUCAGUGAGGUGGAUAAGACUUUGCUGGGAAGGAUCGGAAUAAGUGCUGUGUACUUCUAUCACAGACUGCUGCUGUGGUCCAAGGGACGGAAGGUCUUAGAUACACUGUAUGAGCUAAAAAUACAUUUUACAAGUUUAAAAGGACUCACGGGACCUGAGAAAGUAGCACCACGAUGUCAAAUUGUGAAUGUUGCGGUUGAAAUUUUUAUCAAAAGUGGGAGCCUAGAUGGUGCCAUUUGGGUACUGAGGGAAUCGGAAUGGAUAAUCAAUACACCAGUUUGGCCUUGUGAUAGAAUGGAUGUGCUUAAUCGUCAUAACUUGCUCUGUACCAUUGCACAUGAAAUCCUGGGCAAGAAUCUUUACAGACAAACGUUUGAGGUUUUGCGGAAUCUACCAGGCUUUCAGAAUUCUCAAGAUACCGUGGAGGUUUCCCAGUAUAGCCUUCUUUUUAAUAAACUUCUAGAUGCCUGUAUAGAAAGUAACAGUCUUGGCAUAUCAUCUUGUGUAGCAGAGUUCAUGGUUUCCAAAAGCAUCCCUAUUGACUUUUCCUUUCUCAGGAGACUAAUCACUUCCUUGGGAAGAAGUUGUUUGUGGCUCAAAGCCAGAACCCACUACAAAAGUGCUCUUUCACUGGGCUGCUACCCACCAUUAGAAGGGAACUUAAACCGGAAAAUUCUACUGAUUCCUUCUUAUUUAUCUGAGAUUGAAAUGCUUUUAGCUAUUGAAAUAUUUCUGGUGUCUAAUGCUAGCAGUAUUCAGAGCCCAGGACCUUCCACUCAGGUGCUGCAGAUCGUUUUGAAAAGAAGUGAAGAGAGCAAACCUCAAAACAAGGACGACUACCAAGCUGCAGUAGAAAGAUUGAUCAUGGCUGCUCGCAUAUCAGAUCCCAAGCUUUUCAUUAAGCACAUGACUGUCAAUAUUUACAAGGAGCAGGUUUACAGUCUGGAGCAACGUUCUGCCCUGAAGUGGUUGAAAGAGAAUUUGAAGUGGGCUGGAAACAUUUGGCUUUUCACUAACCAUUAGUUAACAAACGUGUUGUUGUUGGGUUUUUUUUAAGUUCAAGUAAUCAUUGUUGAAAAUAAAAGACAA